UAGUGGUGGGCUUAGAAUUGGUACCGAAGUUUCAGUGCUGCGUGCUUUGGAAGGAAUGGAAGACCUAAUGUAUUGGUCAGUUUAUGCUGGACGUCGCAUAAUUUCAAGGUCAAGUGUAUCCUACAAAACCGGAAAAAAUAGAGUUAAAAGGCACAGUGUUCGUCAACACCCAUACAAUCAUCAGCGCCAAUUCAUGGAUGUUGAUGAUGAACAAACAUCAACGCAUCACCGACAAAAAUUACAAGUGAAGGUUGCAGGAAAGCACGGAAGAAAGAAAAGGGUAAAGAAAAAACUUCUAAAGCAAAAGAAAAGAAGUAUUGAAAACGCAAAAAGAAUGUUAGAAAUGAAACAAGUUGACAUAAUGGAAGGUCUUGACGAUAGAAUUGAAGAGACCUUAACUUCACCCAUUGUUGAUAAUCAGUUCGUAACAGAAUCUAGAACAAAACAUUACAGUCAAAGCUCAACUUAUUCAUCAUUAGAUGGUAUAGAGGAUUACGUUAAUUCUACAAAAGUUCCUGCCUACAAUAUUUUCAUCCACCAACCAUCGAAAGGAGAAACAGAAAUUGUUGACCGGUCAAAAAAGCUUCGAGACUUUUUGAUCCCUGCAUCUCAAAGUCAGAAAUCUUUAUCUAGCAAUACUUUCGGGUUGAACAGCAAUCCAUUCCACACUAUUCCGUAUCACCGUUCACCACUUAGGCAGGAACUCAAGUUGGAAAGCAAGGACGAAGCAGAUGAAGUUGAAGAAAUAUUCAAAAAUUUAUACCUCAAUUCUGUUGACAAUGAAUCUACUCUAUGA